AUGGAUGAAAAUGAGUAUAUUGAAGAUGAUGGUAUCACAAGAGCUACAGUGGAAUGGGGAAUGGACCGUACAGAUCAACGCAGCAACAACCUUGAUGGGAGAAUGAACCUUUAUGGUACUGGUUCUGGUGCCAACGCAUACACUGGUCUGCGACACAUGAUGAGUUUGAUAACCGAGCAUCAUACUUCUGGGACUACGAUUCAAGCAACUAUGUAUGUAUCACAUAUUUUCAUAGUAGCACAAACACAUUUACCAAAUGCUAUGCAUGUCUUGAUGAUUUUAAAUUACGGCCUUGAUGAAAUAGUUGCUGGAGGAAAAACUCCAACUAAGUCUGUUGUAUCCAUGUCUGUUGGUGCUGGUGCUAGUAUAUCACUAGACAAUGCCGUACAAUGA